AUGUGCCCAAGAUACAAGGGUGAUAAGACCCAGUACCCACCUGCCAUCCAGUGGGGAAACAGCACUAAACAGCAGCAGAAAGAAGCCCUCAUUCUCUUCUUCAACAGAACAGCUGAAGCUAAAAUCCCAUCUGUCAUUGAAUAUAUCCUGGACCUACUGGAAAGUGGAAGAGAGAAGUUUCUAGUGUUUGCACACCAUAAGGUGGUUUUGGAUGCAGUUACUAAUGAGCUUGAGAGGAAGCGUGUGAAGCACGUCCGCAUCGAUGGCUCCACCUCCUCGGCCAACCGCGAGGACCUGUGCCAGCAGUUCCAGCUGUCGGAGGGGCCUGCCGUGGCUGUGCUGUCCAUCACUGCCGCCAACAUGGGCCUCACCUUCUCCUCGGCUGACCUGGUGGUGUUCGCGGAGCUCUUUUGGAACCCAGGGGUGCUGAUGCAGGCUGAGGACCGGGUGCACCGCAUCGGACAGUCGAGAUCCGUGGGCAUCCACUACCUGGUGGCGAGAGGCACGGCUGAUGACUACCUGUGGCCCCUGAUUCAAGAGAAGAUUAAAGUUCUGGGUGAAGCCGGGCUUUCUGAGACCAAUUUUUCAGAAAUGACAGAAGCCGCAGAUUAUUUCUACAAGGACCCAAAGCAGCAGAAGAUCUAUGACCUUUUCCAGAAGUCCUUUGAGGAAGACGGAAGCGAUAUGGAGCUCCUGGAGGCAGCGGAGUCAUUUGACCCAGGAAGUGGUUCCCAGGACAUGGGAGACACACUGGAUGAAAGCACAUUGACAGGCAGUUCGCUGAAGAAGAGCAGAUUUGAAUUUUUUGAUAACUGGGACAGCUUUACCUCUCCUCUGUAAGAGGGGCCAAAAAUGCAUUAAAAAUCAUGGAAUUUAUUAAAAUAAAAUAAGGCAUUUUUUUUUUGAAAGCCUAUGCUCCUCUGGUCAUUACCACAGUGUUGGUCUCUGUCUCCAAGCCCAGUGGGUUACCAGGCAUGUGUCAACAUUUCCUUUCAUUAUGUGUGGGUUUGCUUGGGUCUUAAUUAACCUUAGCUUAACCUACUGAGAAACAGACAGUAGGCUGUAGUAGUGGUGAUUCAUGUUCUUUAAUUAACGAGGUGCUUCCUACACAGCACCCGAAAUAUAGAUUUGUAAAAUUGAUUGAUUCAACAAAUAUUUAUAGAGCACCUAAUAUGUGCCAGGCACUGUUCUAGGUGCUGGCAGCAAUUCACUAAAGAAAAGAAGAAAGUACAUGCCUUUGCUGAAGUUAUCAUGUAACAGGAGAGGCAAUAGUUAUAUGUUCUUUAAAAAAAAAAUACUGUAAGCUAAGGGUUUAGAGCAGGGGUUGACAAGCUUUUUCUAUAAAUAGCCAGAUAGUAAUUACUUUUGGCUUUAUGAGCCAGGAUGUCUGUGUUGGAACUGCUCAGCUCUGCUUCUGUGGUGCAAAAUCAACCAUUAGAUAAUCCGGAACAAGUGACUGUGGCCCUUUUCCAAUAAAAUUCUGU